GCAUGUGUACAGUGUGACCUUUCAGUGCAGCUGCCUGGGGAAGGCUGCACGACAAGAGUAAACGGGCCUGGAGCUCAAACACGACGAAUUUUACCGUGUUAACCCUCCGUAAAUGGGUUUAUCACCACACCAGCCCUUACUUUCAUCGCUCCCGUUCACCUCGACCGAUUGUUGUGGAUGGAUUAUCUUAUUAACCGUCUCACCGAGAAGCCUUACUACGCCCAGUCAGCAGCGGCAGCCAUAGCUCCGUCAUUGACGCUGGAGGUUAGUGGGCUCGUCAUCCGCAGACUGCCAUUUCACCAGCAGGGAGCUAACAGGCUAGGCUAGCGGAGGCUUCAAUGGAGAAUUCACUAGCAUGAUGCUAAUCUUAAUCUUAAAGUACUGGAAGAGAACAGAACUAAUAUUUUGAUAUUCAAAGAUAUUGGAGAUAUAUAAUUUUCUGGUGACACAUAACUAACAAUAUUGCAAUCUGCCCCUGCAAUGGCCGUAUUUAGUCACCAGGUGCUUCUUGCAGUCACAAGAUCAAGGGGAUCAUAUUUGUUAUCCAAGAGGAACAGCUGCUCCACUCUGUCUUCCAAAGCCUAUCUCCACAUAGACCCUCCCCGCCAGGUCUCCUCCGCAGUCACCCUCAGGCACUCCCGAUUCGGCUCCCCACACUGUUACCGUGACCACAACUCCACCCUACUCGCCCGCUCUCUACAUAGCUCCAGUUUUAGUGUCCUCCUGCAAGAAAUAAAACAAGAGGACACUAAAACUUCACCAGCCGCUGCUCAGGAUGCUUCUAAAAAGGACUCCGCUGCCCCCCAGGCUCAGGCUCAACCUCCACCUGCUCCCGCUACGACUCCCACAGCCGCCACCGCAUCUGCUGUCCCUCCGGUGCAGGAGAAGGCAGUCGUGAAGAAGGCUCUGUAUCAGAAGAUUGUUGAUGAGUUGAAGCAUUACUACAAUGGCUUCCGGUUGCUCGGCAUCGAUAUCAAGAUUGCAGGCAGGAUGGUGUGGAGGCUGUUGCAUGGACAACUGCUCUCACGCAGGGAGAGGAGAAGGCUAUUGAGGACCUGCGCUGACCUUUUCCGUCUGGUGCCCUUCACGGUGUUCAUCAUCGUUCCUUUCAUGGAGUUCCUUCUUCCUGUCUUCCUCAAACUUUUCCCGGAGAUGUUGCCCUCCACCUUCGAGACAGAGUCUAAAAAGGAGGAGAAGCAGAAGAAAGGUCUGGCAGCGAAGCUGGAGCUGGCUAAGUUUUUGCAAGAGACCAUCGCUGAGAUGGCUCAAAGGAAUAAAGCAAAAGCUCAGACUGAGGAUGAGACACAGCGCUUCUCCACAUAUGUUCAGAAGGUCCGGGGCACAGGAGAGCAGCCCACCACGAAGGACAUCGUCCGGUUUUCGAAGCUGUUUGAGGACGAGCUGACGCUGGAGCACCUGGAGCGACCCCAGCUGGUGGCUCUGUGUAAACUGUUGGAGCUGCAGCCCAUCGGCACAAACAACUUGCUGCGUUUCCAGCUGAUGAUGCAGCUCAGAACCAUCAAGUCAGACGACGAGAUGAUUGCAGCAGAGGGUGUGCCAGCGUUGAGUGUGUCUGAACUUCAGGCAGCGUGUCGUAGUCGGGGGAUGAGGUCUCUGGGUCUCACAACCGAACAGCUAAAUCAGCAGAUGCAGCAGUGGCUGGACCUGCACCUGAAGGAGAACGUUCCUCCAUCGCUGCUGCUGCUCUCCAGAGCCAUGUAUCUGACCGACCUCAAACCAAAACCUCCAGUCAUCCCGCCUGUUGCCAAACUAGAGAAAGCUCCUCCUCCUCCAGUGGAGAAUGCAGGAGCAAACGUGACCUCAGUUAGCACCGACAUGUUGGCGGACCCUGCUCUCAUCAUCAAAGAAAGAUUGGUGGAGGAGUUGAGAGACAAGGCUCCCGUGAUCUCGGACAAACCCCUGACCCCCGCUGAAGUCCUUCAGGCUAAAGCAGCGACAGAGGUAUCCCAGAAGAGCAAGAUGAGUGCCAACGGUGUAUAAAGCGGAGCUGGAGCCUCUGGACUGAAGAGAGGAUGGACUGAGCUCUGUGUCCUCGGGGGGGAAGAGAGGGACCACAGGGUUGUAGUGGUCAGAUAAGGGGCAUUUGAUGGUCUGCAUUUCGGCAGACCUUUAAACUCCUCCUUUUUAAAUAUCUCGUUCUGUCUUCAGUCCAGAGGGACUGGGGGAUCACUGGCUCCGUUCAGCAUUGUGUUUGGUAUGUUGAUCCUGGGAGUCCUGUUCCCUCUUUCUCUCGCUCUCCGUUUACACCCAGGGAAAGGUCUGCUGCCUCUUCUGCUUCUUUAUCCCCUCAAACCUUCUGAUUUGUGCACUCCGUUCUCUGUCACUCUCCAUUCGAGCUGGACAAACCAGCCUGACGUUUCAGAGAACUGGCAGAACAUUAAUGGUGUGAAUACUUUGACCUAAUGUCCUGGAAGUGAUGCCCAAACUGCCCACGGCAGAGCCGGGUUAACCGUCUGUUUGAUGGUGUCUCCUUACAGUCCAGGCACCCUCCUUCUCCUGUACAUUUGUAAAUAUUCUGUAUAUUUUUGUCCGUCUUAUAUCGCAGCAGCAGCAGCUUGUAUAUUUUGCUAUGCAAAGUCUACAGUCCCUUGAAAAAUGUCAAGUAUUUCAUUUGUUUUUAUUUGGAUUCCUUAUUCGCUCCUCUUCAGGAUAUAAGAGAAGUAAUUUAUUUCAGAAAUACGUUAAUGAACUUUUUAGUUUAGUAGUAGUGGUACCAUCUCCAGGAAGCUGGAUCAUUCUGAGGUGCUGAAGCAAAUGACACAUCUGAACCGGCUUAUGAAAUAAAAAGCAAAAAGGUUCAAAAAGUCAUCGUGUCAUUUCUCCAGCUGCAGAUUUGUUCUGGCCCUACAUCUGAACAGGGUGUAACGUAGCUGCUUUCUGCUGCAAUUAGAACAUGAAGAUGGUAUAUUAUUCAGAGAAAGGUCACUCCUUAAAUCCAGAGGUGACUGAGGUAAGCUGCAGUCUGCCUCCACUGGUAAACCACUGAACAGACUAUCUGCAAAUUGUGCAGAUUUUAUUUGCAUACACUGUAUAGUGUAUGUAUUGUGUUUUAACAUUAUGAUACUAAGAUUUAUUUUAAACUGAAAAUACUUGAUGUUAUUCAUUAAGACAUAUUAUUAAUAUGGGGAAUAAGCUUAAAUUCUGAAGCCACAAAUGAGAUUUGUUUUGGUAUGGUGGCUCCAAAAGAGAUAAAUAUAAAGCAUUCAGUUUGAUUCACCCAAAUAUCCUACGGCAUAAUAUGACCCUAAAGCUAUAAUUGGAAGGUUUACCACAUACAUGUGUACUGUAUGAAUACAGUUGAAUGUGUGUUUGACAUUGCUGAAGAUUUUCCAUCCCUCUUUAUACAUUUGACAUUGUUGGAGUAACGUGUUGUCUCCAAACAUUCUUCCCCAUUACUAUUUUAUCCAUAGGCAUAUCCGAGAAGUGGAUGUCAAAAUCAAAGGAUAUUUUUUAAGCAAAUAGUUUGCUAAUGAAGAUUUAUUUUAUUGGUUUUACAUAUGUGCCUAAGGUUAAAGGGCGAUUGUUUUUAUGUUUGCUCCUUUCAUCACAACAGAUUUUCUAUAUUGUACAACAGUUUUUGGUUUGAUCUUCAUCGCGCUGUGUUUAAAGCGCCCAGUUGCACCAUUUCUCUUAAGUGGAAUGUCUCCUCUUCCCUUCCCCAUUGGAUCCAAAAUAGUCUUUCCCAGUAUUGAUACUAAUGGAAAAAGCGAUCAGCUCUGCAUUUGUGGUACAAAUGGGAUCUGAUUAGUUGCUUUCUGAUCUCUUGUUUGGGCUUUGCUGCCAUAUAAAAAAAAAAAGAAUCCCAAGACAUUCUGAGUAGAUGAAACUGAUUAAUGUUGUGAAACAAAAGGUCGAUGCUCUCAAAAACAUCGGUCACUGACCUGAGCGCUGUGUCAUGUUGAUAAGCUGCUCCUUAGAUGUGUUUAGUUAAUCUGCGAGGAGGUUUUCUGAUGUUGGCGACUGGCACCUUCUCUUGCAUGAUAGAAGGAUCGCACAGCAUUCAAUAAUGGGGGUGACUAGACUGGGUUCAUAUUCUGCUGUGCCUUUGAACUGAAAUGAAAAAGUUUUGUGAAUUUUCAGGAUGCAUUUCUCUGCAUCUGCAAUAUAUUCACAGGUGAAUCCUUAAUUGUCUACCUGGUUUCACAUCGUUCAUUCAUCAGCAUCUCGGUGUGCCUGUCUGGUAUUUACAACUUCCUGCUAUCUCAGAUGGUUUGGUUCAUCAAUGCUACCAUGAUGUGUCCUCUUGUCUUUAAGGAUUGUUUCUUUCAGUUUGAAAUGCACUGCUGUCCAGUUAGUUCUUACCCUGUGUUAAAUGUGUGCAUCAACUUUGCCAUUGAAAGUGAGUGUCUGGGAAGACAAAAUGUACAGAAAUAAAAAUAAUUGAACCCUU